AUGACUUUGAGACUCUUGGGACUCUUGUCCCCGCCGGAAUGUGACUCCGAAAUCUGCCACUCCCUGCUGUUCCUGGGCCGAGACCCGGCCGAUCGUCGUGGGAAGGAAGUGCCCGACCUUGGCCAUGGCGACUCGGACUUGCGCCGCUCGAACACUCUUAAAAAGGGCGCGGUGGACCCAUAA